UUUUUCCUCUUUGAAGAAGAAGGUAAAGAAGCAACUUUUAGUUUCAAUAACAAUAAUUUUUUUCUAUCACGCUCAGAUUUCCUUCUUAAUCCUUGUAUGUUUCCUUUCUCCUCCUCUUCUAUACUCUUUUAAUAAAUUUGUUUUGUAGUUUAAUCUGCUUUUAUAGAGGAAUUUUUUAAAUUAAAUGUUCCUGACAAUUUAGUGCUCCUUAUUUUCGCAAACAGGAUUAAAUGCUUCGAUAACUGAUUUUUCAAUAAAGUUGCUUGCUUUUUACCGUCUUCUUUAUUUAUUUAUUCGUUUUUUUUCUACUCUAAUAAUCAUGUAAUCACUUGUCAUUUCCUAUAUUAGUGUCAAAGUACGAUAUCGAAUUAUUCAGAUAUUUUUGGUUUUUAGUCAUUUGAGUUAGUGGCUCGUCUGCAACUUUAUUAUAAACGCCAUAUUUGACUUUAUCCUUUUUAUUUUGGCACUAAUUAUUAUGAUUGUACAACGAUUAACGAGGUUAUGUUCUAGUAAUUCCUCAUGUGAAGGGAGAGUAGUUAACUAAUUUCUUUUUUUUUUUUUUCAGUUUUUUAAGUGAUUGGCUAUAACUAAUUUGAUGUCUUGUUUUCCAGUUGUCUUUGAUGUCUGUGAUUUUGACAUCUUCAAUGUUUGUGCCUUAGUAUAUUCUUUCGCCGCUGACCUUGUUUCUAACUAUGUAUGUCUGGCAUGCAAUUGAGAUUUGAAUGUUCUAACUCGGUGUUUCAUUUAAUUUCUUCCCUUUUCAGGAUCCGUGCUGUGCGGUAAUAAGAUUUCAGAGCUGAUCAUUCUUCUUUAGCGGUGGCCCGGUGGUAUCAUUCAGGAAGCUAUAGUUAUGAAUUAUCCACCAGAAAAGCUUGUGAGGUUCCAGGACUGGAAUUCAGGGCGAAGCACUGAAGGACGUUUUUCUGAUAAUAAUUGGAUAAAUUCGGGGAAAAUUAGAUUCACAAUAAAUUCCUUUUCAGAAAAGUUACAAAGAGGGGUUGAAUCUGGUUCUGAAAGGUUUAAAGGGAUUAGAAGAUCAUUUAAAUCUUGUUCUUUUAACCGUGGGUUUGGGUCUAGUAAGAAAGUUCUUGAUCCACAGGGGCCGUUUCUUCAAAGGUGGAACAAGAUAUUUUUAUUAUCUUGUAUCAUAGCAGUCUCAAUUGAUCCUUUAUUCUUUUAUGUCCCAGUGAUAAAUGAUGAUAAGAAGUGCCUUGUUUUGGACGAAAAGAUGGAGAUCACAGCCAGUGUGCUGCGCUCAUUCACAGAUAUCUUUUAUAUAAUCCAUAUUAUUUUUCAAUUUCAGAUUGUCAUUGCGCCUUCUUCUCGUGUAUUUGGAAGAGGCGUUUUAGUUGAAGAUUUAUUGGCAAUAGCAAAGAGGUAUCUGAAAUCAUACUUUGUAAUCGAUGUUCUAGCAGUUCUUCCCCUUCCACAGGUGGUGAUUUUAAUUAUCAUACCCCAAAUGAGAGGGUUGAAGUCAUUGAAUACAAAGAACUUGUUGACAUUUAUUGUUCUCUUCCAAUAUCUUCCAAGAGUUUUUCGAAUAUAUCCACUGUAUAAGGAAAUUACAAGGACUUCUGGCAUACUAACUGAAACUGCAUGGGCUGGAGCUGCGUUCAAUCUUUUUCUUUACAUGCUAGCAAGCCAUGUUUUUGGGGCUUUUUGGUACUUGUUUUCUAUUGAAAGGGAAUACACAUGCUGGAAAGACGCCUGUAGGAAUAAUACUAAAUGUAACCCCCGUUCAUUUUACUGUGAUGGUGAUUCUUCUUUUAGCAUGUUUCUACAUCAGUCAUGCCCUAUACAAACACCCAACACGACUCUUUUCAAUUUUGGGAUUUUCCUCAAUGCCCUUCAAUCUGGUGUUGUGGAGUCAGAAAAUUUUCCAGAGAAAUUCUUUUACUGUUUCUGGUGGGGCCUGCAGAAUCUAAGUUCUCUGGGUCAGAACCUGGAAACUAGUACCUAUGUCUUUGAAAUCUGCUUUGCAGUUUUCAUUUCAAUCUCGGGCUUGGUUCUGUUUUCAUUUCUCAUUGGAAAUAUGCAGACGUAUUUGCAGUCCACAACUACCAGGUUGGAGGAGAUGAGAGUAAAAAGGCGUGAUGCAGAACAAUGGAUGUCCCAUCGCUUACUACCUGAGAAUCUGAGGGAACGAAUUAGGCGAUAUGAACAAUACAAAUGGCAAGAAACUAGAGGAGUUGAUGAAGAGAAUUUACUUUGUAAUCUCCCCAAGGACCUACGAAGGGACAUAAAGCGCCAUCUUUGCUUGGCUCUGCUCAUGAGAGUGCCAAUGUUUGAAAAAAUGGACGAGCAAUUACUGGAUGCUAUGUGUGAUCGUCUCAAGCCGGUUCUCUACACAGAGGAGAGCUAUAUUGUUCGGGAGGGAGACCCAGUUGAUGAGAUGCUCUUCAUCAUGAGGGGCAAAUUGUUGACCAUGACAACCAAUGGUGGAAGAACUGGCUUCUUUAAUUCUGAAUACAUUGGGGCAGGGGAUUUUUGUGGAGAGGAACUUCUCACCUGGGCACUAGAUCCCCAUUCUUCGUCAAACCUCCCUAUCUCAACUAGAACUGUCCGAGCUCUUACAGAAGUUGAAGCUUUUGCUCUGGUGGCUGAUGACUUGAAGUUCGUUGCUUCUCAAUUCCGCCGGCUUCACAGUAAGCAGCUGCGCCACACUUUUAGGUUUUAUUCACAGCAGUGGAGGACUUGGGCAGCUUGUUUUAUACAAGCUGCUUGGCGCCGCUACAGCAAAAAGAAACUUGAAGAAUCUCUUAGAGAAGAGGAGGACAGAUUGCAAGAUGCUUUAGCCAAUGCGAGUGGGAGUUCACCAAGUCUGGGUGCAACCAUUUACGCCUCACGGUUUGCUGCCAAUGCACUACGUGCUUUACGGCGAAACCGUAGCCGUAAAACAAGAGUGCUGGAGAGGGUUCCACCUAUGCUACUUCAGAAGCCUGCAGAGCCUGAUUUUACUGCUGAAGAACAAUAGGCAGGUAGGUGAGAGACUUAUUCUAUGUAAAAGUUUGUGUGUGAGUAGAUUAGGAUCUUUCAUCCCUCCACUUAUAGGAAAUGUACGAAUCUUGGCGGAAAGUUGACAAUUGUUGAGUAUGAGGUCUGUAUAUGAUGUAUAUAUAUCUCUCUUCAAAA